AUGGUCGAGUUGACAUGGAAUAGGAGCUUGGGGACAGAAUCACGACCCUCGAGGUCCGUCAAAGUUAUGGCACCUGCACCGCCAGCUGUCCAGCCUCGCUUCGAGGCUUGCGCUUCGACGGCAUCCUUAUUCCUCUAUGCCCAGGGCUCAACAAUCCUAUGUUUGCAUCAUGAUACAUUGGCAAUCGAGCGACGUUUUCAGAGCCACCAGGAAAACAUUGAUUUUAUAUCGGUCGAUAAUGUCAGCGAGCGGGGUGCGGGGAGGUUGGUUGUCAGUUACGAUGUAGGGCAGACGGCCAUUGUCUGGGAUAUCUUCACCGGAACGGAGAUUGCCCGCUUUGCUUCCUUCGAUCAUCUGCGAAUAGCAUCGUGGAUGCGUAAUGGCAAUGUUGCAUUUGGAAAUGGCAAGGGUGAGGUGAUCCUGUUCGAGCCUCCCACUUCAGAGCACAUCUCUGCGCGCACCAUUUUCGACCCAAUCACAGCUCUUGCGCCCGCCACGGAUUGUCGUACUUAUGCCAUUGGAUAUCAAAAUGGUUCUAUAUUGAUCGCGACUUUACUUCCUCAAUUUACCAUUCUUCACACUCUCACUACUUCGCGUGGACCAUCGCCAAUUAUUUCUUUGGCUUGGCAUGCAUCUUCAUCCAAACAGAAGUCGGACAUGCUGGCAACACAGUCAUCGAAUGGCGAUCUACGAGUUUGGAGCGUGGCAAAACCACCAGGGAAAGAGUCACCUCGAGUGAUUAGGGUAUUGAAACGAUCUGAUUCAAACUCUUCGGAUCCCAAAUGGAUGGGCUGGUCAAAGAACGGAAGACUGGUGCAAUAUUUGGAAGGGGAAACAUGGUCUUGGGAUGUUCGAACAAAACAUGUUACCUACGAUCCAAUUCCCACAAUCGACGGUGUGCGAGGCAUCGCAAACUACGGUCCUACUGCGACUCUAUUCACCAUCGGCCCCCAGCACUCAGUCCAGCAGUAUGAUUUGGAAAAUCCGGCAAUGGUUGCAAAUGUGCAACAUCUUCCAAUCAUCCCCCGGCCCGGCACCGCGGAAGGCAGUCGAUCACAAACAAUGUCCCCACGACGCUUGCAGGACGCUCCUGAUAUUCGAGAACCACCAGGCGCGGCCAGAAGAACGCCAUUUGACGCAAACAGCAUUGAGAGUAUUAGACAGAGGGCAGAUCUGACAAGCCCUGCUUCAUCGCGCAGUCGGACGGAAUCGGUAAGCUCAAAGGCGUCCUCUGGGAAGUAUAAUAUGAGGCCGUUCUCUCCACCGAGUCGCUCUGGUCAGAGUGCUACGACAUUUUCGAUGACAUCGGGUGGUCAUGAUACACCACAGGCUUCUGCUUCAUUUGCGUAUCCCUCCUCGGUCUCAAUGUCCUCUGUGAGAAGCUCGAGGGCGGCAUCACGAUUGCGAAAUGAGGUUCACCUCAGCCCUGCUGACAAGAACAUUGUGGAUUUAUUCCCAUUCACUCGGGCUCGCUUAAUUGAUGUGCCUUACAAACAGCAGCCGCCUAUCGAUGAGACGAACUUAACUUCGGAUGAUCUUCGGCUGCAGAUGUUGAGCGUGGUUUUCGGUUGGGAUGGAGACAUCCAAGAUCUGAUUACAGAUGAGUUGAGCCGCCACGCUGUGGGUAGUCAAAGCGCUAUUCUCUUAACGCAAUGGCUUGGUGAGAACGACACAGAUGAAAUGGCCUCGAUGAUUAGUUCCGGGCAGGUAACAACUUCCGACUGGAUGAUUCUUGCUUUGAGUCAGAUGAGCGGCCAAGCCCAGGCAAACAAGGUCGGACAGGCAUUUGUACAGAAGCUGCUUGAGAUUGGCGACAUACACACCUCGGCCGCGAUCUUGCUUGGUCUCGGGGACAGCAACGACGCCAUCGAGGUUUAUGUUUCUCGCAAUCACUUCAUGGAAGCUAUCCUUAUGACAUGUCUCCUGUUCCCAUCGGACUGGCAGCGCCAGUCAUAUCUCGUUCGUCGAUGGGGAGAACAUGUCGUUACUCACUCCCAGCAACAACUCGCCAUUCGCUGUUUCAUGUGCACGGGAGCGGAACCAUCAGAGCCAUGGGCAUCUCCAUCUGCCCAACAAACUUCAUCCUUUGCAGAGAUGAUUCGCGCCAAGUCUCCUCUCGCCUCGCCCGAACCUUCGCAAGCUAAUACGAUGCCACCACCCGUCCGGCCAAGAUCUACAUCUAACUCAAAACCUACAUUGAAAACGCCGGCCCUGAAGCUCAUUACUUCAUUUGACGCACAGCCAGGGCGUUUCCGCUUCCCUGGCUUAAAGUCUGAUGAUCGCACGCCAACAAAUGCACCCGGAAUCACUCCGAUUGCUGAAUCCGCUGUUCCAGACUCGGCAAUGUCCCCUGGUGGAUUUGGCUCUUAUAAACUGAACAAUAUCCAAAGUCUGAACCACGCAAUGACUUCUCGCACAAACACUCCUUCUUUCAAUCGGCGUCGUCUACCUUCGAUAGGAGAGACACCAGUGGAUGUGCACCCUCCAAGCUUUUCACGGUCAAAUUCUUACAGCCAGAAUGAGUACAGCUCCACCUCCGAAAACGAAAUGAGCGGACACGAGCAGAGCCAAGAUGAGAAGGAGAGCAACAGCGGUCUUCUCACUUUAUCAGCCGCAAAAUACAACCCCAGUUUAGACUCUCUCAAGCCCAGUCCCCAGACUGCUGUGCAAGGGGCAGACAAGUUUGCCGCAAUCAAGGGACUUCCAUCACCAGCUGCCGGCGUAUUCGAGGCUCUCACGAAUGAUGAUCAUCGUAACGGGUCCCGAGAUCGAAAGCCAGACGGCCUUCAAAUCGAGACAUUGGAAGGUGAAAGAAAUCCGCAAGACCGCUCCGAUUUGAUUCCCAGCGCCAAAAGCACCGCUUCGACGGUGAAUAGCUACGCUUCGGCUAGGAGCCCAAGUGUCAGUGGCCGUAGCAUCGAUCAAUACAUCAGUAGUCUUGAUGAAGCGAACUACCAUGCGCGGAAGUUCCGUCCACAUACCCCGGGCCGUGGAAGACGGAACCCAGACGACACUGCCAGCCAGAGCUCAAGAGUCAAUCACUCGCGGGAUACCUCUCGAGAUACCCGCGGUAUGAGUGAGCGUCGAUACAUCCAACCCGCCAAACGCUCUCCUUCCUCGCCGGUGCCAAUGUCUCCUGAAGAGUUGGCUCGAUACCACACCGGAGAGUCCGAAAAGCCACUUGAAACACGGAAGUCAAAGUCUCGGACUAGAAGUUCUAGCAAAGUAAGAGGGCCGGGUUCUCGGAACCGUCAGCGCUCUUCAAGUCGACACACCGCAAGCCGCCUCGGUACAGAGAAACGAGACGCCUCAAUUCGAGGCCGCAGCAAUGACCGACAAGGAUCCGGCAUUCGAUCACCAUCGUCACCUCUUCCUAUGGCAUAUCCCACAGAAGAAUCUUCUCAAGAUGUUGAUAAUCCUUUGAGACUUGUUGAGGGUAACCAAAAGAGACUGCGAUCUCGCCACCGAAGUGCCAGUCGACGUCGCGCCGAGAAAGGAACAACUUCCAAAAGAGACGGCUCUCCAGAAACCAGACAUAAAACGUCGCAGAGUCUUUCUGUGAUCCAAUCUGGGCCUACAUCAGACCCUUGGGCGCAGCAGGCAUCGGUCCCGGAGCAGUUGAGCAGCAAGGUCUUUGGCCAAGAAGACACAUCCAAUGGGUACUCUAAUGGGCAGCCAAGCUCGACAGCCAAUGAUUUCCAAGACAUUGUGUCCCCAAGGACACCAUUUGUCACCCUCGCGGAGAGAAAGCGAAGAGAGAUUGCCGCUGCUGAAUUGGAGGCACGAAGAUUAUCACUCGCCCGCAACCCAUCAGCACCAAACAUCCCCUUCCCGGGCGAGCUACAGAGCGUAAGAAGUCCUCUAGAGGCUUCCCCGCCUUUCUCUGGUACAAGCUCAUACUUCCAACGGGCUCCAUCGCGGAACAAGGUGUCCCAAAACAAAGUAACUCUCGACUAUCCCAGCAGUUCUGACUCUAACUCUUCACGCUCUGGAAUGCCCGGCGGGCUUCCGGCAACUCCUCGAGCUAUGCGGCAUCCUAAGUACGGAGGAACCGGACAAGAUGAAGACCGACCUCCUUCUGUGCCCAAUAUUCCCACAGACAACAGUAUGUUCCUCAGCAAUGCCCGGUAUCAAGGAGAUGCCGAGAGGAUCGGACGAUCGAUGUCCGUCCCCGUGCCAGAGGGACAGUACAACGCCCCUUCAAUGCCCAACGACCUCCCCAUGCAUCCCCGGUUUAACCCAGCCCUCCCCCGGAGCCGGUCUAGCAGCCGCAGCCGCGCAAAGGGCCACAACCGCACCAGCUCAGGCGGCUACGUCUCCGGCACCUCCCCGCACGUCCAAGUGAGCAUCGAAGAGACAAUCGAGCACGCAAUGCAGAGAGGACCAUCAUCACACUACGAGACAAUCCCCCCUCCACCACCUCCACCCAUCCUCCCAGAACUGCAGCAUCUAAACACCCCACCCCCACCACCCCCAUUCCCACUCUCCGCAGCGCCCGUCUCGCCCCGCGAGUCCUCCGCAACAAUCGACAUCGCCAUCGACAACAACGAAGACCUCGGUCGUCUUCUCCCUCGCGCUAUGACUGCCGCUCCGGCUCUCAAUGUAAGCGGUCACGGGACGGAUUCCCGUCAGUCAGGUGGUCAGCGUAUGUCCUUUGAUCAUCGCCGAAACCGUAGCUCAAACGAGAGCUUCACGAACAAGCUGCGUAGCUUGACUCGUAUGCGCAACAACAGUCGCAGUGUCGAGCCUUGGACGCAGGCUCAUGAGGCGGAGAUGGCUCCCUAUGAGAGUCUGAACCCGCAUGUUGCUGGGUCGAACUCGAACUAUGUUCUGCCGAGUCAGAGCUAUGUCGCGCCGGGUCCGAACUAUGUUUAA